AUGGAUGAGGCAUCACGAAAUAAAGGAGUCAUAGAAAAGACGAUGGAGAUAAAUACAUCUAGUGGCAAUGAUCAUUUGAAUAGAACUACUACUUUUGAUAAUAACGGAAAUUUGUCAACUUCAGAUGAUGAGAUGACUCUUGACUCUAGCGUGGAUAACUUAUCUUCUGCUUCCAUAAUCCCACUAUCAACUGCAAACAACUCAUGCCCAUAUGAUCAAGAUGAAUUAGAUAUUAAAUUAAAGACUUUACUGGAUGCAACAAAUGCUUAUUCAUGUUUACUUUCUGGUGAUGAAACUCUUGCUAUGUCAAUUAGUGAAAAAGUUAACACUUCAGGUAAAGGAAGACACCACAUAAUGAGUGAGAAAGAAGAAGAUGAUUUACUUAUUAGAGAAGCUCAGGAAGAUGAAAAAAUUGGAGCAAAUGAACUGGAGGAAAGUACUUUAUUUAAAACUCCUAAAAAAAUUACUGAACAGCCUAACUGCAUAAUGGGAAGAAUGAAGUAUUAUCAAUUAGAAGGUCUAAAUUGGCUAUAUCAACUAUAUAAAUAUAAAAUAAACGGAAUCUUGGCUGAUGAGAUGGGAUUAGGUAAAACUUUACAGAGUAUAUCAAUUCUCGGCUAUUUAAAAAGUAUUUGUAAAAUUCAGGGGCCUCACAUAAUUUUGACUCCAAGAUCUACAUUGGAUAAUUGGCACUGUGAACUUAGAAGGUGGUGUCCCUCAUUAAGAGUAGUUAAAUUACAUGGAGAUAAAUUGCAUAGAGAUAGUCUAUUUAAUCAUCGAAUUUUUCCCGGUUAUAAAGUAUUAAUGAAGGAAAACUUUAGGAAAUAUGAAACUUUGGAUUUAAAAAAGGAAAGUACUGAACAUAAUAGUACGAAUAAUACUGACAAAUUCCAACCAGAUUCUACAGAGAAACAAGAAUCUUGUAGAAUUAUUGUUGAAAAUGAAAUAUUAGAAGACCAAAUACAUUGUGAUGAUAAGAGUUUUAAUGUUUGCUUAACAACUUUUGAGAUGGCAAUCAAAGAAAGGUGGCGUUUACAAAAAAUUGAUUGGCAUCAUUUGAUACUAGAUGAGGCUCAUAGGAUUAAAAAUGAGAAAUCUAUUUUGUCAGAAGUUGUUAGACUUUUAAAAUCAAAGUAUCGUUUGCUCAUUACUGGAACCCCACUUCAAAAUAAUUUGAAGGAAUUGUGGUCACUACUAAAUUUUUUGAUGCCCAGCUUAUUCUCUUCAUCAGGAGAUUUUGAAGCUUUAUUUGAUUUUUCAAGGCUGGAUUCUGAUGAACAACAGAAGCGUGUAAUUCAAACACUACACUCAAUUUUGAGACCGUUUAUGCUGAGAAGACUAAAAACUGAUGUUGAGAGAGAAUUGCCAUCAAAGAGAGAACUUUACGUUUAUAUCGGUUUAUCUAAACUACAAAAAAAAAUUUACUCAGAACUACUGACACGCAAUUUAGAUAUACUUAACAAUGUAACAUAUAACAAGACACAAAUGUUAAACUUGCUAAUGCAGUUACGAAAAGUAUGUAACCAUCCCUAUUUGUUUGAUGGAGUUGAACCGGGUCCACCCUAUGUAGAAGGUUUCCAUAUGGUAGAAGCUAGUGGGAAAAUGGUUUUACUACAUAAAUUAUUACCAAAAUUAUUUUCACAGGGAAGUAGAGUUUUGCUAUUUUCCCAAAUGACAAGGCUAUUAGAUAUUAUUGAUGACUAUUUAAGAUGGUGCGGCUACCCUUAUUGUAGAAUUGAUGGUUCAACACCAGGUAUUGAACGUCAGGAGCGAAUCGACUUGUUUAAUAAGAGUGGGAGUGAUAAAUUGAUUUUUUUACUUUCUACUAGAGCAGGUGGAAUCGGAAUUAAUUUAGCCACCGCAGAUGUGGUUAUAUUAUUUGACUCUGACUUUAAUCCCCAAAUGGAUUUACAAGCUAUGGACCGUGCUCAUCGUAUUGGACAGAAAAAAACAGUCACUGUUUAUCGUUUUGUUACUGAGAAAUCUGUUGAGGAACGUAUUGUCGAACGUGCUGCAAAAAAGUUAAAGUUAGAUUCAUUAAUUAUACAACAAGGUAGACUCUCUAAUUCAGCUUCUCAUUCAGCACCUGAUAAUAAGGAAUUACAUGAAAUGAUUCAAUUUGGAGCUCAAGAAGUAUAUCAUACACGUGACUCCUCUUCAGUUACUGAUGAGGAUAUUGAUACAAUUUUGGCUGCAGCCCAAGAAAGAACAAAUGAAAUGAAUAAGAAAAUGAAAAGUUUAUAUUCAGAGUUAAAUCUUCAAAAUCUAAGAUUAGAUGGUGGUAUUAAAACUGUAACUCAUCUAGAUGACAUUAAUACUGAGGAAGAAAAGAGUGAAGGGAAAAUUAGCACUAAUGAAUUAACUUUAUCUUUAAAUGAAAUGCAAUGGUUUGAUUUAGGAGAAAGAAAGACAAAAUGGAAAUUAGAAAGUAAAUCAAGUGAUCAAAACCCAGCUAAAAAGAAGAAUAAAAAAGUUAAGCUAACAGGCUGGAGGGCUACUGUUGGUGGUGGUCAUGACUUUCAGUUUUUUAAUAACAAACGUUUAGAUAUCCUAGAAAGUAUAGAAGAAGAAUGGGAAAAAUACAAAAAAUCUAUUGGACAAGAAAUAGAAAAUAUAGAUAAGAUCGUUAUUGAGAAAUCAGAAGAUAAUAAACAAGAUGAUAUUUUUGCUGUUCCUCCUGAAUUAAAGGAGUUAAAUGAAAAUCAACUACUGAGACUAUUGAAUGUAGCUGAGGAACACAUGGAAGUAAGUAUUGAUAAAGUAGGUUGGUCCAAAAAGAAACUUUAUUCUAGGUGUAAAGAAUUAUAUACUGCUCAAUUUAUUUUACCUAGGUGCAAUUUUAAUGAAGCAAUAGAUGAACUUAGACAGAUGUUUAAUGAUGGAAGAGCAUGGGAUAUAAAUAUACCAUGUGCAAGACAAAAAAAGGCAAAGAAUAGGAAGUAUAGAGAAUUCAGUGACACUAAAAGCGAUACUAAUAAAACUAGACCCAGAGAAUUUACUAAAUCUAUGAGAAUGGAACGUGAUGCAUUACUGGAAGAAGGAUUUCGGGAGUGGAAUAGAAAUGACUUUCAGCGCUUUUGCAAAGCUGCUGAAUUAUGUGGUUCAAAUGUAUUAGGAAUUACAGAAAUUCUUGAAAAUAAAAGUUUUGAAGAUGUAGAGAGAUAUUUUAAUACCUUUAUAAAGAGAUACAACGAGGUCCAGAAUGGUUCUAAGGUAUUUACAAGAAUUAAAAUGGUAGAUGAAUCACAGCGCUGGCUAUUAGAUGCACAAGAGGCUAUAAAUUAUGUAGUAUGUGAACAUCUAAAGAAAAUAAAAUCAAAACAUCUUAGCUUCGACAAUCUAUUUCUACCAUUUAAGCUCAAGAACUAUGCAAAUACUGAAUAUUUCACUGCUGAAGAAGAUAUUGCGUUAUUUUUAGGUUUAUAUAAAUAUGGAAUAGAAUCAUACAAUAAUGUUGCAAUAAGUUUUAAGUAUUUAACUAAACCUCUAACAUCAACUAAUAAGUUUUAUUCUGCAUAUCAUAGCAUUGAUAGUAUAAUUAAUCGAUGUAGUGAUCUUGCAAAAUCUGCUAUUGCUUACAUGAGAAAAAGUCAUGUUUCUGAAAUUCCACAAAAAAGUAACAAAAAUACACCUAAACAUAAGCGAAUACAGAAUGAGAAACAGAAUACCAAAGAAACUGAAUAUGAUGAUGAUGAUGAUGAUGAUGAUGAUGAUGAUGAUGAUGAUGAUGAUGAUGAUGAUGAUGAUGAUAAUUACUCUAAUGCUAGCUUAGAUGAAAAUGAAGAGUCUGGUGAUUAUGGACAAUACGAACAAAGCUCUUAUACAAAAAAGAAUCGCAAUAGUAAAAGGAAAAGAAAGAAUUGGUGA